GAUAACUAAUGUUCCAAAUGUAUUUUGUUUUUCAGUUCACACACAUACACACACAUGAAUCAUAGUGUGAUUCACUAGUUGCAUUACCGUACGCAAAGUAAAUUGUUUAAGGCCUAACGAUGGCAACUCAUGCGGAAAAGGACUUUUUUCACUUGAAUGUCAGUGUACACAAAGCACUCAAGGGAAUAGAAGGGCCGUUGAAAUCCAAACAUGCUCGCUCGAUUAUCAUAAUCAUACACAGAUCUAAGGAAGCACAAACAUUUUGGUCGCUUAUCACUCGCCAACCCAUUAUGGAAAAUAGAUUUACGGCUUGGAAGUUCUGUCAUCUAUUGCAUAAAGUGUUAAGAGAAGCGCACAGGUGUGUUAUUCAGCAAUCGCAGAAGCAUCAGAAAAUGAUUUUGGAAAUUGGAAAGUCGUGGGGUCAUCUGCAAGACGAUAUUGGAUAUUGUAUUAAGGCAUACAGCAAGCUGCUGGUAACAAAAAUCAACUUUCAUGACAAGAAUCGAAUGUAUCCAGGAAACCUUUUAAUAAGUUUUGCGGAACUUGCUAAAGCCUCCAAUAAGGAUUUAAAUUACUACUUUCAAUUAUGCGUGGAAAUUUUCGACUAUCUGGAGGAUAUUAUUGCUCUACAAGUAGCCAUUUUUUCGUCUAUUAAUACAUAUCGGAUAUCGUCGAUGACCCAGCAAGGCCAAUGUAGAUUAGCGCCAUUAAUAACUCUCAUUCAAGACUCGAAUCCAUUGUAUGAUAUCAGUGUCAGAAUUAUGUUUAAACUCCAUGAAAAAUUACCAAAUGAUGUGCUUUACGGUCAUAGAGAUAGGUUUUCUGGCAUUUUUCCAAAGUUAAAGUUGUUUUAUGAUAAUGUGAGGCCUUUGCAAUACUUUAAUGACCUUAUAACUGUUCCACAGUUGCCAGAUCAGAGUCCGAACUUUAAGUCUCAAGUAGAUUUUGGUAGCUAUGUACCACCCGUGGUACUUGUCCAAUCGGAGCCCGAUCCGGUAGUAGAUGAUCUUAUUGACACUAACUUUCCCCAUACUGAUGACAAUACAGAUCAUGUUCAACAAGAUCACAUUUUAAAUGAACGUAUUAAUGUCUUGGAAAAUAUGGUGGAAGAUAAGAGCGAUAUAAUUAUACAACUUAACGCCAAGCUAGAUGAGUGGAAACAUACUUAUGAGGGACUAGAACAGAGUUAUAAACAAGAUGUUCUAGAGCUACAAAGAAGUAAUACUUCAUUAUCUAAUGAUUUGGCCUCAGCAAAAGAAAUUAUUGCAAAUAUACGCAUGGAAAAAGAUGAUCUGGAACUGCAGUUGACUAAUAAUCCCAUUUUAAUGCAAAAAGUAGUUGAAGAAGAGGAGAAACAAAAGUUAUCAUCAGAAAAGUUUAAUAAGUUAAAAGUGAUGUAUACCCAAAUAAGAGACGAGCAUAUAAAUUUAUUACGGCAGCAUAGCGACCAUUCCAAAUCGUUAAACAAAGAAAAGCAGCUUAAUUCGGAAUUACUGUUGCAGAUUAAAGAGCUAAACAAUGAAAUAUUGAAACAUAAUGAAACGAUAGCAGCUGAUAAAAAUAAUAAUACGCAGCUUUUACAAGAAAUAGAAGAGCUUAAGAGCCAAAAUACGAAACUUGAAUCAACAGGAAAAGAAAUAGAAACAAAAUAUGAGGCUACAAUAAAUGAGCUAACCAAUGAAAUUUCAAAGAAUAAUGAAACGAUAGCAUCCGACAAAAAUAAUAGUAUUAAGCUGUUGCAAGAAAUUGAAGAGCUUAAGAGCCAAAAUUCAAGACUUGAGUUAACUGGAAAAGAAAGAGAAACAGAAUAUGAGGCUAGAAUACAUGAAAAGGAAAGUGAAAAUUUGGAUUUAAGUUCAAAGGUGAAUGUUUUGAAAGAAACAACUAUAGAGCUUGACAAAAUUAAAUUAAUCUUGCAAGAAAAAGAACAAAAACUUGCAGAAGCAGAAAACUUAUUAAACAUAAAGAAUAAGGAAAUGGUCGAAAGCCUUAUAAAGUCUGAAGAAAAAUACCUAAAACUGUCAACUGAGAACGAAGAAUUGCAAGUAAAUCUUAAACGGGAGUUUCAAGCCUUAAGCAAAACUUUCGAUGAAACCGAUGUCAAACUUAAACAAAAGGAAAUCGAACUAGAGGAACUGGAGGCUUCUUUGUCUUUGUUAAAUGAGGAAAAAAUAGUAUCGACAAAACUCCUAACGGAUACGCAACAAAAACAGAGCCAACUCGAAAGAGAUUUACUGCAAGCAUUGACCAGAGUGGAUUCUAUCACAAUAUCAAAUAAACAAUGUGACGACAAAUUACAGACAAUGAGGAAAUUAACGAUUCAGACUGUGAAAGAAAUAUGUGCUUCGAAAUUGAAUGACGGAGCUCAGCAACCAUUGGAAUUUGUUCCAAAAUUAUCGUCAGAAAUUGAUACUUUGCUAAACAAAUUGGCUGCCUGCAAUCAUAUAUCUAUUGAUGGAUGCGUCGAAAAAAUACAUGACAUUAUAUAUUUAGGAUAUUACUUUAUAGAACUGUACGAACAAUGUGAUAUAAUUUAUACAACUACAACAGAAAUUGAAAAAGGACAGGAUGUUUUAAAUAGAGUUCGUUCAAUAUGGCCAGACUUACUGCUGCUAUUUGAAGCUGUUGAACAUGAUGACAAAAAUAAGCAGUUCGAUUCCCUCGUUAAAGAGAUACAUAGGAAAUUAACGGAAUUAAAUGCGCUAGUACAAGGCAUACUGAACAACUUUGAAAACAGCGUCGAUCUUGAUAAGUUGAUUGAAGUAGAACUUAAAGAGAUGGACGCUGCUAUUGAAGAAGCCGCUUCUAAAAUUAUUGACCUGCUCUCUAAGUCACGGGAGAACGACAACAAGAUAAAGCUUGAAGUAAAUGAGAAAAUUUUGGAGGCCUGCACAGCCUUGAUGGAGUGUAUUAAAGUGUUAAUUUUGAAAUCGCGUGUGCUUCAGCAAGAAAUUGUUUCUUCCCAGAAAGGUAAUGCAACAGCAAAUGAAUUUUACAAACGCAAUAGUCAAUGGUCAGACGGAUUAAUAUCAGCAUCAAAGAGCGUGGCCAAGGCAGCAAAUUAUCUAGUUGAAGCUGCCAAUACUGCUGUGAACAAUGAUUCUGGACAAAACUUUGAGCUUAUAGUCGCUGCCCAAGAAAUUGCUGCCUGUACUGCUCAGCUGGUGAUAGCAAGUAAGGUAAAGGCGAAUCGCAACAGUCAAAAUUUGGAUAAUUUGACAGCUGCCUCACGAAAUGUAACCAAGGCAACUGGAGUUGUUGUUGCCACUGUAAAGGAUGGCAAUUCACGACAGGAGCAACAGCAAGAUAAUGAUUUACGUAAAUUAACACCAUCUCAACUUAAAACUAUGGAAAUGGAUAUUCAAGUUAAAGUAUUAGAACUGGAACAAGCGCUUCAAAGUCAACGCUUCAAGUUGUCGGCAUUUCGAAAAGAGCAUUAUCAGAAAACAGAAUACUAAAACAAAACAUAAUGUUUGUUAUCGACAAUUAUUUUUAUUAAAAUAUAAU